AUGAACAAUUUGUGGGAUCAAAUUCGACGGUCUCAGGAUGAGGAUGAUGAAGAGAUGAUGGCCACCAACGCCAUUGUCAUGGCUGCAGUCGCUCAAGAAUCUGGAAACCAACACCGAGGGCGCGGUUCUCAUCCGGGUCGUGCACCAAAUGAGGAACGAUUUAGAGAAGAGAGGGGCAAAGGUAUGUUGGCCGACUACUUUGUCGACCGGCCAGUGUUCAAAGAUGCGGAGUUCCGAACACGUUACAGGAUGAGUCUCAAUCUCUUCCAACGUAUAUCUACUGACCUUUGCCAGUAUGAUCGUUACUUUGUUCAAAGGUCAGAUGCUACUGGCAAAGUCAGACUGCUCCCGGAGCAGAAGAUGACAGCUGCCUUGCGAAUGCUUGCGUACGGUGCAGGGGCAGAUCAAUGUGCUGAGUAUUGUAGGAUGGCGAAAUCCACCUCCGUUGCAGCCCUUCAGCACUUCACACGAGGAAUUGUUAAUCUUUACUCAACACAAUACCUUCGCGCUCCAACUGCAGCCGACCUCAGACGACUUCUUACCAAAGCUGAGAGGAGAGGUUUUCCAGGAAUGAUUGGGAGCAUCGACUGUAUGCAUUGGCAAUGGAAGAAUUGUCCGACAAGUUGGGCUGGAGAAUAA